AGAAAGAGGCUAGAGGCUAUGAGGUGAGCUAGGGUGCCCUGGCAGUUAGACCACUGUUCAAAGCUGAAUAGUGUAUCCUGCCUGUUUGUGGUGUCCAGCCUUUGCUGCUCCCUCCAUCCCCGUUUAAGGGUCUUUCAGGUUUGGCUUUACCCUCACCUAAACCUGACUUUUCCCUGGCCUCUGCUUCUCCAAGUUUGCCCAGGUUAUGACUCCCUCUAGGGCUGUUGGUCCAGCCCUCUGAGCACAUUCUCCAUUUUACUUCCUUCAAGCCCCUGCUGAAGAUAUACUUCCUCCAAAGGGUGUUCCCUCACCGCCCUACCCCCAUGCCUUUGUGGCACUGGGACUCUGCAGCAAGCUUCCUUGGUUGUUGAGCUUGUCCUGGCCCGGCUGGAGCAGGAGUUUUGUUUGAAGACCCAGCCUGUUAAUGCUUCUUUCAGACUCUUCUGCUACCUGAUGCUGGAACUGGAAUUUUGAUAAUAGGUCCUCAAAUAGUUCUUGAUUUUUGUUGGUAAACAACUUUUUUUUUUUUUCUUAAAGGAGAAGCUGUUUAGUUAUUAGCUUCCUCUGUCCUCUGUAACUACUGGCAUUUAAUGCUGCAAUUCCAGGUGAAUGUUUUCAAUUUUAUUCUCACAUGCAAAAAGCACAGAAAAAAUUCUGUGAAACGUUAGUAUUUAUUCCUGAUCCCGGGGAAAGAAAAAAAAAGUGUAAUUCUUAAGUCUAAGGCUGUGGGGGGAGAAAGUCAGGUCUGGGAUCAGGUCUGGAUUUGAGUCUCAGCACAGACACUCAAUAGCUGUGUGAAGCUGAGUGGUUUAUCACGUUCUCUGAGCCUGCCUUUUCUUCUUUUCUUUGUUGGUGCUGAAGAGUUAGCCCAGGGCCUGGCACAUGCUAGGCAAAUGCUCUACCCGAGUUACAUCCCCAGCUCGAGGCUGCCUUUUCUUGCUUGUAAUGUGUAAUAAAGUCUGCGUUGUAGCGUUGUUACAGGUGUGUGUUCAUUCUUGUAUAUCUGUAUGUGUGUGUGCACUAGCGCCGGGAUCCUUUUCCACCGCUCGCUCCCAUCUCCACUUUAUUCUUUUGAGACAGGGUCUCUCAUUGUAUCUGGAGCUCACUAUUCAGCCAGACUGGUUGGCUCGCAAGCCCUAGAGAGCCUCCUGUCCUCACUGUCCAGUGCUGGGGUUACAGAGCAUGAGCCUGUGCGUGGCAUUUACACAGGUGCUGAGAAUUCAGACUCGGGCCCUCAUGCUUGCAUGGUAAGCACUGUACAAAUGAAGCCCUCUCCACAGCCUCUGUGGAUUUUAAUGAAGAUGGCACACAAAGGAGGCGGCAGAGCUUCGGAACUGCUGAAGACAUUUUAUAUGACUAGGUGUGGUGUUUCAGAGUGGAGGGAAGAUGGGCUGCCAAGCUCUGUCUGCCCAAUACACAUGUCUCUGUUCUGUCUUCCAGAUGAAGCAAGAAUGUCAAGUAUUGUGACCCCAGAGUCCCAUCAUAUAUAUUUCCACUAAUUUUCAUGUUUCUUUAGUUGAAAUUCUGUUUCAUGCUUUCAGACUUCUUAAUUGUGUCCAUUUAAUGUUUUGUAGCUGACAAACUGCUGCAUUUAGCUUAGUGAAGGUCACCAACUGAGCGCAGUUAAGCUUCUAAUGGUUGUUUUCUGUUGAUGUUGCUGGCAUGGAAAGCACCUUGGAAGAAUGCAGUUCAAGAUUGCGUCUCGUGUCAGUAGAAAUGGACAGCAGCAGUUUCAUUCAGUUCGAUGUGCCUGAGCACAGCAGCACCGUUCUGAGCCAACUAAAUGAGCUCCGCCUGCAAGGGAAGCUAUGUGACAUCAUCGUCCACAUUCAGGGUCAGCCAUUCCGAGCCCACAAAGCCGUCCUUGCUGCCAGCUCCCCGUAUUUCCGAGACCAUUCAGCAUUGAGCACUAUGAGUGGCUUGUCGAUAUCUGUGAUUAAGAACCCCAGCGUGUUUGAGCAGUUGCUCUCCUUCUGUUACACUGGGAGAAUGUCCUUGCAGCUGAAGGACGUUGUCAGCUUUCUGACCGCGGCCAGCUUUCUUCAGAUGCAGUGUGUCAUUGACAAGUGCACGCAGAUCCUGGAGAGCAUCCACUCAAAGAUCAGUGUGGGAGAUGUUGACUCUGUCACCAUUGGUGCUGAAGAGAAUCCCGAGAGCCGGAAUGGGGUGAAAGAUGGCAGCUUCUUCGCUAAUCCUGUUGAGAUCUCCCCUCCAUAUUGCCCUCAGGUACGGCAGCCUCCAGUCAGCAGCGAUCUCCGGAUGGAGACGACCCCCAACAAAGCCCUUCGGAGCCGCUUACAGGAAGAGGGGCACUCAGAUCGGGGGAGCAGUGGCAGUGUGUCUGAGUACGAGAUUCAGAUCGAAGGGGACCACGAGCAAGGGGACUUGUUGGUGAGGGAGAGCCAGAUCACUGAGGUGAAAGUGAAGAUGGAGAAGUCUGACCGGCCCAGUUGUUCCGACAGCUCCUCCCUAGGGGAUGAUGGCUACCACACAGAGAUGGUUGAUGGGGAACAAGUUGUGGCUGUGAACGUGGGUGCCUAUGGCUCUGUGCUCCAGCAUGCAUAUCCCUACUCCCAGGCAGCCUCACAGCCUUCCAACAUGCCAGAAGCUUUUGGAGGUCAGAGUAAUUCCAGCCCGUCCAGGUCCAUGCUGAGCUGCUUCCGAGGCCGUGGUGCCCGCCAAAAGCGGGCUCUGUCUGGUCACCUGCACAGUGACCUGCAGUGUGUGGUGCAGGGAUCUGACAGUGAAGCCAUGAUGAACAAUCCCAGUUAUGAGAGCAGUCCCCGGGAGAGGAGUGCAAGGGGUUACUGGUACCCAUACAACGAGAGGUUGAUCUGUAUUUACUGUGGGAAAUCCUUUAACCAGAAGGGAAGCCUCGACAGGCACAUGCGACUGCAUAUGGGAAUCACCCCCUUUGUGUGCAAGUUCUGUGGGAAGAAGUACACACGCAAGGACCAGCUGGAGUACCAUAUCCGGGGCCACACCGAUGACAAACCAUUCCGCUGUGAGGUCUGUGGGAAGUGCUUUCCAUUCCAGGGCACCCUCAACCAGCACCUGCGGAAAAACCACCCGGGUGUCACCGAGGUCAGGAGUCGCAUGGAGUCCCCCGAAAGAACAGAUGUGUACGUGGAACAGAAACUCGAAAGUGAUGUGUCAGCCUCAGAAAUGGCUCUAGAUUCCCGAAUGGAAAUCCACACGGUAUCUGAUGCGCCUGACUAAGGUGAUGGAAAAGGUGCCCUGAACAAAGCACAUCAGUCCGUGCGUGCUUGUGAUUUGCUUUCUUGUAAUCUUUGGUUUUCCCACCAUCUGGAAAUCUCUUGGUUUCUUGGUAGUUUCUCUGAAGGUUCCGGGUGUGGCACUUGUUGUGUUUACCCUCCUCCUCCUCCCCUCCCCAAAGGAGCUCAAAGCAUGAAGGGCAGCGUAUCCAGGGAAAACACAGGCUGACAGUGGGCCUCUGCUGAAGGCUUCUCCCCACUCUGCCAGUGACUCAGCUCUGCAAACAGAACGCAGGCACCCUCACUGUGGGUGCUAGCCCCGGUGCAUUUCCACGGAGAGAGGUGAGGGUGCCGUCCACUGAUACAAAUGGGUAACCUUUUCUAAUUUAAAAUUACUUUUGGGGGUAGUUAGACAAUUUAUAUAUAUAUAUAUAAUAAAGUGGUUAUUAUAUAUAUAGUAUAUAUACAUUCUCAAAUUUGGGUUUAUUCUGGUUGAGGUGAAUGUAAGAGGAAUAUAUAAUUUAAUACAAUGUGAACAGAGCUCUGAUUCUGUUUCAGCCCCGCCUACUAUGUUAGUUCCCACCCUUUGAUCCCCUUACAGAAGAAUGUCAGUAGAUUUUCACAUAGAGUAAUCAUUGCGUCCAAAUGCAAGCAAAGCAAAUCACAGUGUUCGUAGCUCUGCUUCAUAACAAACACAUAAACCAAAUGCCAUAAAACUCCUUCGCCUGUAGUGGGAACCAUUUGGAACUUUUGUUCGUUGUCCGGGUGCGCUGGACAGCGUGCGGUGCUGACCUUCCUACACAGUAGUGUUACACUAGCCAGCCCCAAAGGAGCAGCGGUUUUCAAGGUCUGUACUACAAAUCUACCUUCAUUCCGUACUGUAGAAGCAUACCGAGCAGGUAACUACAUCAGAUCGCUCCACCGUGAGUUAGACUCUCACUAAAGGACAGGAAUUGGUAGCACUUGCCUACACAAUUCUCCAAGUAGUGUUGUGGUUUGUUGUUUUGUUUUCUUUUGGGUUUUUCUCUCUCUCCUCAAACAGCCAGUUCAGGUGCACAACAACUUUUUCUAUGCGGUUCCCAGGGAAACUGCAGAACUUGGAAUUUGUACUUUUUGUAAAGCUAUACUCUACGGGAAUUGCAAGCAAUAUAUCUAUCUUAGUAUUGUGUGUGCUAAUGAGAGCCUCGGUGGCUCCUCCAUUCUCUCAGUGUUUCCUGCUUAAAAAAAAGAAGUCAAAACCCUCUGAGAUCCUCAGUGUGUCACCAAAUCUGUGUGUAUGUCUCACAUUUUUGGUCACGUGGUGCUAUUUUUAUGUUAAGUAUCUUUUAGGUCAGUAUCGUCUAGAAAAUGUGAAACCUACCAGUAGUAAUGACUUAGUUACUUUCCUCUCAAGUUCACAGCUUGAAAAGAAACCUCAAAAGCGUGUGCUGGCAAACGGGUUACUGUCUGAGUUGUGUCUGGUCAGUGCUUUGGAAAAUGUCUGUUUGCUGUUAGGUUCAUAUACACCAACAGGCUUCACAGAUGGCUCUGGUGCUGUGUGGACUCAGGCAGAGAGGGCAAUUUGGUAGGCCGUUUAUGGGUCAGGUUUGCAGCUGGCUGUGGAGACAGCAGCGCUCUAGUCUCUGGCUGAGUACCUGGGCUCCGAGACCCAGACUCAAACAAACAGAACCCAGAAACUGAGGACCAACCUCAGAGGCUAGGAGCUAAGGAAUACAGAAAUAGAUGUUUGCUGGUUGCAAUGCUUUUUUGGCUCUUAAAAUGAUAGGUUUCGGGGGAGGUGGUUUUUGUUUUGUUUUGUUGGUGGCUCUUUUUGUGGGGGGAGAUGGGGGGGUUUCGAGACAGGGUUUCUCUGUAUAGCCCUGGCUGUCCUGGACUAGCUCUGUAGACCAGGCUGGCCUUGAACUCAGAGAUUCUCCUGCCUCUGCCUUCCUAGUGCUGGGAUAAAGGCAUGUGCUACCACCACCCACCUUUUUUUGGGGGGGGGGUUGGUUUUUAUUUGAGAAAUAGUAGUUUGACUCCAGCCCUUUCUUCAUGUGUAGCAGCCCCGGGGCACACAGUGGCACCUUGUUAGCACACAGGAUCUGCUCAUAUGUGAACUGCUCGCCUGCCUCGCCUCAGUGUUAACUCCUGUAGAUGACUAAUCCCGCUGCUCCCGGGAGGAGCAGCUUUUGCUAAUCGGGUAUACAGUAUGCCUUUUCCUCGUCAAACUGCCUAAGUCGGGGUUGGUUCUCUCCCUGGAGCAUGUGUUCAGCCAAGAAAGCUGACUGCCUCAAGGGGAGGAUGGACCCCAAGUGUUUACCUACUUAAGUGUGUUCUGAGGUUUCAGGUAAAUGUUUGUGAUUUCUCAUUUUCCUUACACAAAUGCAUUUUGUUUUGAUUUUUCUUUUUGAGAAUUAAAUGCAAAAACUUUGUGUGUGUGUGUGUGUGUGUGUGUGCGUGUGUCGUGAUACCAGUUAAGUUUGUGACAAGAAAGCCCCAAAUCUAAGGACGUGAGACGUCGAGCUCAGGGAAGGAGCCUCCUUUUCACUAGGCCUGGGCCUUCUGAGAUGCUCCAGGGCUUCCUGUGGUGAGGGGUGCACUUGGGCAGCACGCCCAUGUCCUGGCUCUGGUCACUGUCUGUCUGAAUUACGUACAUUAGUUCUUGUGCUGUUUGUCAACUUGUUUAGCUGGUUUGAGUUUACCAAAGAGUGACUUAUCCAAAAUUGUCUUUGACAAAAAUCUACAUUGCUUUGAUUGUACAGUUCAGGUUCAAACAUUGUAAUGGGACUGUUAGGGGCAGAAAACCAAUUUGAGUUUUUAAUGAUCAUGAUUCCACACUUCGCAAGUUGCGCUUGCUCCCAUUCGUGUUGCUAACACUUUACCCUCUCCACUGCUAGCAGUGUUAAGAAUGAAUCCUCAAGCCAUAACACAGUACUGUAAAGUUCACGGGGCUUGGAGGGAGGCAGCGCCCAGGCCAGCACAGCACUGCAUAGCCUGGCUGCGCAUUUGCACUAGGCGCCUGCCGGUGGGCAUGGCUGCCGAGGGCUUUCCGUGCGGACAGGGCAGCAGCGGUCAGUUGUGCCUAGCGUGUGCCAGGAGAGCCAGCUUGGCCACUCGGGCAGGCCUCUCGCCCUGAAGCUCCCUGUGUAACUCCUUAGAGCGACUCCUUGUGGACAGCAAACCUGUCCCUGUACAGUUGUAGGUUAGGCCUCUCACUAUAGCAGAUGCAGAAGUCCACUAAGAUAAACAAUAUGUGAAGUAUGUCCUGCUUUCAUACAGGCCUAUGCGUAAUUGAGUCUCUUCUCAGCUACCUUUCCAUGUUAGACAAUGUGAAGACAGCCACAGCACCCUUCCCCACGACCUUUACCCCAUUGCACAAACUGUGAAGACGUUUUAUACUUUUGCUAACACAUGUGGUUUUCAGUCCUUACGUUUCUUCUCAUCAGUCCUCUGCCCUCUUGUUUCUACUAAAGCUGUAAAUACAUUUAGAAACCGUUUGUAAAUACAAUUACAAAGAUGAGUUCAUUUCCCGUUCAGUGGAAAAGCCUUGGCAGUUUUUCAUUAAUUGGUUUUUUUGUCUUGUUUGCUUUUUUCGAGACAGGGUUUCUCUGUGUAGCUUUGGAGCCUGUCCUGGAACUUGUUCUGUAGACCAGGCUGGCCUUGAACUCAACAGAGAUCCGCCUGCCUCUGCCUCUGCCUCUGCCUCCCGAGUGCUGGGGUUAAAGGCAUGCGCCACCACCACCUGGCUGUUGGUGGGGUUUUCUUCUUCCCUCCCUCCCUCCUUCCCCCCUCCCUCCCUCUCUCUGUUUUGAACAGCAGAUAGGAUACUGUCAGUUCACUGUUAAGCAAAAUAUACUGUAGGACUAAAUUGGUAAUUUUAAAGUCUUCCCAGAGCUUAUGUUUAUGUCUCUUGUAAAGACAGCAAGUAUAACCACCUCUUUUGUUUUACCCUUAGCCCAGACACAGGCCUGCAUAUUUUUUGUGUGUGAUUUUAAUUUUUAACAACCUAGAUUCUGGGGAGAAUUUGCAGGAACACAGAACAAGGGCUAGGGGAAAUGGUCCAUGUGAAUGAGCUCUACCUUAGGUUGAUGUGUUUUAGUUUAAGCUUUCCACUUGUUACUGUGAUGUUUUUGUUAUCACUGUUGUUGUUAAAUUCUGUAAUGGUUUCCUGUGAAGCCUCCACUGAAAGGGACUCAAAUAUGCAACAUCUAAACUAUUUUCCAAGGGCUCAUGCCCCUUGAAUGGUGCUUCUAGCCUGGUCAGGGUUAUUUAUUAAAUUUUAUAUAUGAAAGUAUUGGGGAAUUAUGUAAACUCUUUAUACAAGACUAUCUAGUUCUUACAUCCUAGAUUUCAUAUACUCAGUGCAGCUGAACUGAAAGUUCAGAGAAGUCAUUCACUUUGUUCCAGAUUUGUAAUGGUUGUCACUCACAUACGUCGUCUUCAGUAAGUGCCAGAGUUCCCACUGUUUCUGCCAGGGCUUGCCAACUCCAGGUGCCCCCUGGGUCUGGCACAGACAGGGCUAUCGCUGCUCCUGAUUAGCUACUGGAGUAAGCCUCGCUCGCUGCUCAGUGGCAGAUUGAGCACACAGACCUCUCACUGCCCUUCAGUGACAAGUAUGCUGUGAACUUGGCCUGGAGACUUGGAGACCAAGUCCCAGGCUGCUGCCCUGACUAGAGCAAGAGGUAAACUCGCCUGCCUCCCCUGAGAACGACUGUUUCCCUAAUGUGAAACCAUCUCUUACCACUUUAGCAGUAGGGCUACCAUAGUCUUCCAUUACAAAUGGCUGAGCAAUUUGAAUGACUUCACACGGUGUCAUUAUCUUGCAAUAUAAACUGGUAACCUCACAACGCCACACUUCAUCACCACGUGAAGUAAAUGAAGCUAGCUAAGCGGAUGCUGUAUCAACUAGUAACUUGCCAUUAAGGGUUAUUUUAUAGCAUGAAUUGAAGACUAUUUAUUCAAAUGAUAUUUUACUCUUGUAUUCAUUUCGCUUUAGGUUUGUGACAUGAAUAUUUCAGUGCUGCUUAAUUUUGUUCUGAAUUCUUGUUUCUUGCUUGUAAAUGGCUUUUUUAUGGUAUAAAGUCAAUGGAAAUUGCUGUUUGUAAAUAAAGAUGCUGCUAGAGCAA